AUGGACUGUGGACUGCCGGACCUUCCAGAGCUCAUAGAUAGCAACCGUUCCGAGUCCCUCGAGCGGGGCCGUUUGUGUAGGGUUCAGAGAUGA